GUCACUAUUUCCCUGUAUAUACGUUAUGUUGUCUGACAGUUUAGAACAUUUACACUAGCAUGCAGGCUUUGUAGCCUUGUUUAGGGCAUGACUUUGAAUAGUGUGAACACUGGACGGAAUCUGUUUGGAUUUAAAGGUUCAAUGAUUCGGCUUCAGUGAUUAUAUUUUUAAUUCACUUAUUAAGACACAGAAGGCUGUUCAAAUUCUUGUCUCUUUGUAGGGUGUAGGAUUUGACCUUCUCCAUAUAGUAGCGAAGGCUGGUUUAUAUUUGGAAUCACAGCUUUAAAUGUUGACAGCUACAGAUAGCCAGUGGAGGGAACAUGGCAGUCGAGAUCGCUUUAUUUUAAUAGAAAAAAUUAAGGAAGUAAAGAAAGAAAUAUAGUGUAUGGUUUAGAGAGCACUUGGAAGUCUUUGUAAGCCCGUGUGGCAGAUAAUCCGUUCUGUCCUUAAGUUCUUCAUGUCACGAAAGACACACUGUUGACUAGAGCAUAGAGGUCAAAUGAGGUUACUUUUUGUGUAGUAAGCUUAUAUGGGACCUAAUUUUUUAUAUAUAUAUUUAGGUGAUUAUAUACAUUAGUUAUUAUUAUAUACUAUUCCCAAACUUGAGUAGCCUUUUUGAUAAAGAUUUGUAUGAUAAAGAUUUGUGUGAAGAUUAGUGUGCUCACAGAGCUUAGUGUAGCCUAAUUGGCUCUUAGUCAUGCUCUAGUUCUUACUCUGCAGGUUCCAGAGAGUGGGUAGAAACCAUUAGCUCAUAGCAUCUUAAGCUCCUUUCUGAUCAAUAUAUUACCACAUUUGGGUACAGAUUGACAGGAAAGAAGGAUUAGCUACCUGGAUGGCAGAGAGUGGUGCAAAGAAUGAGCGGAGUAAAUUUGGAUAGAGAGGGAUAGAGUUCUCAGUGCAAAGGCAGAGGAUAUCUGUUAUCACUCAUUCACACUCUUCUGAUCAUGAGACCUAGAGCAUUUUUACUUUUGCUCUUUCUGGGGUCAGCGUCUGGGAUGUCCACCUUACGUCCAGCUGUGGAAAUGAAUGAAAUAACAUCAACGGAAAUGACAACAGGAAUGACAUCAAUGGAUGAAGACCAAGGGAGCGGAUUACUCGAAGAUGAGCUGACAGAAAUAUACUGGUCUGGGACAGCGCCUUUUUGUUUCGGAGGAUGUAGGGGACGACACCGGGAGCUCAAGAAGGACGCGUGUGGAGAUUCAAGUUGCUGCUGGCUGGGUUACAAGUCUCUCUGCAGGGUAAACUGUGGUCUGCCAGACGUGGACUUUAAUGGGGUGGUGUAUGGGAAUGACUGGUGGGUGGGCUCGAUGGUGCGGCAUGAAUGCAGGUCGGGAUUUAUUUUGGUUGGAGAACCAACAAGCACCUGUCAGUCUAAUGGAAAAUGGACUGCUAAGCCAUCAUGCCUCAGAGUGUGUCGUAAGGGCCAGGUAGAAAUCAAUGAGCGAGACAUUGAUGAAGAAUGCACCUCCACCUGCCCAUCAAAAUACUUAGUGUCCAUCAAGCACGGCUGUAGUUUCAUAGACCACUGCAGGAUCAAAGACUCAGGCUGGAAACACUGGUUUACGCGCUGCACCCACUGCGAAUGUGAUUGCUUCAUUCCUUGUGCGUCAGCAGGAUAGGGGACUUCCUUUUGGUCCCUUCACUUUAAUUUUGACUUCAUCCUGUGAGUGGUAAAUACGUCCACACAAAUCACUGAAACAGAACUCAUUCCACGAUAAGACUGUUGGAUGACAUCCAUAAAGGAGGUUACCUCAAAGUGAUCUCGACACUGACUACACAACAAACACACUUUUGAAAGAGACAAUCAAAACAACCUUAUUCACUAAAAAUGGCUUCCUGGCUGCAGACUACAUGUAAACUUAAAGCCAUUUUGAAACGCCGAGACCUUAAACAGUUUCAUAAAACAGUAGAAUAAGUUUGUAUAAAAGUAAGGGAGGCAAAUAUGGCGCUAUAGUGCCUUCCAAAAUAACUUCUAAUGUAUAAUUCUGCCUUCAGUCUUUGGGCCACACCAUCUACCCAAAUAACACCAAACUAUAUGUUCACAUGGAAAAUAACUUGGCAUUUAAAGAUAUGUAACAUAUUUUUGUCACUUUUUUCUAGCUAACAGUACUUCAUAUGAUAUCUACAUAAGAAUACUGAACAAUUCUAUGCAGUUUGUGGUAAAUGGGUGAUUAUGGGUAUGCAAUUUAUAUAUACAAUUUUUAUACAAUUUUAAUGGCCAACACUUGCUUUAAAAUCUGAUCCCUCCUCCUGGCAAGAAUUAAUCUUACUGACCUGGCCUUUACUUGCUAUGGCGUUGAACUCUUAAUCACAGUACUUACAUAACAGAACUGUUCUAUUUCCACCUUGCAAUACUGUAAGCUGUGGUCAGGGUUGCACCAAUUUAAACCUCUCUGUAAUUUUUUGAAAAAUGUGUUAAAGUUUUUAAAAAUCAGGAGAAAUGUUAUAGUUUAGGAUGAUGUGCUACUUUUUUUGUGUUAUGAUAAUGAGUCUUUAUUGGUCACAUAUACACUACAGCACAGUGAAAUUUCUUCGCAUACCCCAGCAUGCCAGGAAGUUGGGGUCAUCCGUGAUACAGUGCCCCUGGAGUAGAAAGGGUUAGCGGCCUUGCUCGAGGGCCCAACAGUGGCAGCUUCGCAGUGCUGGAGCUUGAACCCCUGACCUUCCAAUCAGUAACCCAAAGUCUUAUCCGCCAAGCCACCACUGGUGGUUGAGGUGGGGCUGUUUUGGUGUUAAAUUACAAAUGGUAGGAUAUGACAAACAAUGUAAGUUCUGGCUACAUUAAUUUUUCUUUAUUUCCUAAAUAAAUGCACACUCUUGACACUCCAGUCUUUUAUGGUGCAGCAGCACUCAUUACUCACCUCUCUCUAAUCAUGUAUAAAGCCUUGGUUAACGUUCUCUUUUAACCGUACACGCCUUCACUGCCUGUUUUUUUUGCCUCAUUAAUACAUUUGUUAUCCUCAUGAUAUUCUUUUUGGCUCAAACAUAUCCUUUGUUUGGUGGAUUUCCCCUUUGUAUAAAUGGAACCCAAGCCCCUGACAAUGACUGAGGAGUACUUGUAACACUUGGAUGACCACUAGGAUGGCCUCUGUUAGAUAUGCGAUAUAAAUUAUCAAAUAAAUGGUUGACAUGGGCUUCUGUGGUUGUUUUUUUUUUCUUUUCUUUUCUGCCUUUCUUUCUAUCAAGACUCAUUUUACUCUAUAAACUAGAUUGUAAUAUAUAAACUAAAUUAUAUAUGGUCUUGAUACAUGAAUAUUUUUAUGCGGGUAGCGUAACUGGUCACAUGAGCGAAGCCAGAAAGAAGAUAUAUAGAAGAUAGUAGAUAUAUUUUUAAUGUUCUAUUUUUGUACACUUUUUAUGACACAAUUGUCAAAUCAUUGACCACAGGGUUAACACGGUGGCUUAUUAUUUAUACAUUACUGGUUUUUGAUAAUCCUUGUUGUAAUUAAUUGUAUACCCAAAAGUGAAAUUAUACACUGUGAAAAUUCUGUUGAUGCUUUGCUUUGGUGCUAUUUGUUUGCUCAUUUGUUGCUUAAAUCUGACAGUCUGGUGCUCUGACAACACCAGGAAGACAAAGAAGAUUGUGGUGGACAUCAGGAAGACAAGGAGAAAAUCCCUUAGUCCUGUGCUCAUCAAUGGCGAGGCUGUUGAGAGAGUCCCCAGUUUCAAAUUCUUACAGAGGACUUCUCCUGGUACACUCUAAAAAAUGUUGGCAUAUUUUUUCUACGCAAACGUUGGGUUAAGCCAUUUGGAUCAUUUAAUUGGGUUAUUUUAUCAGUCUCUACCCAGUUUUUGGGUAGUUUUGUGUAACCCAACCAUUGGGUCAUUAGUUGGGACAUUUUCACUGACAGUUGAAUCAAUGCAUCCACCCCCCAACCCCCACCCUGACGUCUCAGCCCAACUCCUUGGGUCAAACUUAAAUGUUUUUUUGACUGCUGGAAAUGCCGGGCUUAGUUUGUGAUAUUUAGGCAGGGAGCUCUUGAAAAUGUAUUCACUGGAGAACAGUAACUCGGUGAGUGAUAAUUAACUUUACCUAUCGCUACAGCUUCAAAAGAGAAUAUCAUGUACUGCUUCCUCAGUGUUGGUGUUACACUACUAGUGUCAUGUGUUUUUGUUGGCUGUGAAAUAUUGACUGAGGUUAUUCUAUAAUUCUCUGGGUCUGUAUCUGAUCUGAGGUGCCGAGUUAGGGUUAACUAGCUGGAUGCUGUCGCCAUUAGGGAUGAGUGAUGCUAACCUAGACACACCUGAGGGAAUAACAUUACUUUAGCAUACAGCUCACGGUAAUGUUAGUUAUUCCCAUUCCCUUUCUGAGAGUUAACGAUAAUGUAGCAUUACAGCUAUUCACCAUGAUGUAAUACAGAUAGUGGGUUAAUGUCACUUAGAUUUAGCCAGUGUUUUGGACAAGGCAAGCUAUAGUAAUUAACAUUAGGAGCAUGGUUGGGCCAUGUUUCUUCAUGUAUUCAGUGAAUGUUAAUACUGGUUAACAGGUGCACACAGUCAGUGGCUAAUUGAACUUAGCUAGCUCAGUAAUGUUCAGGCCAAAAUGUUCUUCACAAGGUUAACGUGACAAAAAAGAGGAUGAGGUUUAGGUUAUAAUGCUUUACAGUAUCUCUGUAAUGUUGGUUCACAUAAUUAGGUUGUGCAAAAAAAAAAAAAAUGUCGAUGAGGUGCUAAAGGCUGGAAAAUAAAUAUUCUCAAGUUUUUCCUGGUGAGUCUACAACGCCAUUUUGUUCAUUAGGAGAGUGAAGGUCACAUUUCCAAAAUGACACAAUUUGUUAUUCUGUAACGCAUUUUCUCAGUUGAAGCUCAAAGGCACUUGUCCAUAUUUUGUAGCUAGUGACUAACCAGCACUCUCUUUGCUCUUUUACAGCUUUUCAAAUGGAAGGGAGUGGGACUCUUGUCUUCCCAGAUGGCCAAGAGAUUUGUACGAAGAUGCAUCAACUCCAAUUCUUACAUCUGUCAAAUGUUUUAAUGAUUUUAAUAAAUGUCACCUAAAUUUCAUGCAACUGUUUGUUUAUUUUGUUAUCUUUUUAGCAGAAUUUUAGCAUACAAACAAAUUGCAUUUUAAAAUAAUUUUUGGGGAAAAAGUAUAAACACAUAUCUGUGUUAUCUGCAUGUUAUUUUUAACAUCUUUGUGUGGAGAUGUAUAACAUGCAGCAUGUGUUAAAUGUACUAACACAAUUAUUGUGACAAAAUGUGUUAUCCUUAACUAGACAUGCAGGUGUGGUAAAAAUUAACACAUGAUUGAGUGAAGGUUCGUAUCAAUAUAUUUAUCCAUAAAACCAUUACUGUACACUAGAAAAAGCAAAAAUGUGUGAUAACAGUCCAGUAAGUAUAUGACCUUAAAUGCACUGCUGUCUUCAUUACAUUUGGAUUACUUGUUUUUAAUGCCCACUGGAUUGCAAGUUGGUUACUCAGUUUUUUGGAUGUUUUAAACAUCUCUUUGGUCAAAAUCUGACGUUUUCAUCUUAAAUGUAUGACUUGUUUGAGUCGUUUACUUCAAAGUCUAUAUAUAAACACCAUUUUAGCAGCUCUAGCAAUACAUUUCUGAACACCUUCUUGUGUAUAAACAAAGGAGAAACCAUGUUGACAUAUUUGUUUAUAAUGUGGUAGCUUUGACAUUUUCAUAGGCUAAAAAUAACCCUGAAAAUAUGAACCCAUUUAUGAAAUAAA